CAGUGCGCAAUACAAAGAUGACGUAACGUUAGAUUGUUACUAGGCCUCUCUGUAACCUUGACUCUUGCUGUAAGCAUCCAGUAGAAUAUUAUUAUGGUAUAUUCUCUUCUCUUUUGUUCCCUUCACUCAGCUUAGAUGACCCACACUUGCUCUAAACCUUUACGUAUUGGACCAUCAAUUUUAAAUGCAGACUUGUCCAAACUAGCUGAUGUCUGUGAAAAUCUACUCAAUUCUGGUGCUGACUACUUGCACCUUGAUGUGAUGGAUGGGCACUUUGUACCUAAUAUUACAAUCGGACAUCCCGUGGUAGCUUCUUUAAAACCACAUCUUCCACCUCAAACAUUCCUCGAUCUGCAUAUGAUGGUAUCUAAUCCAGAAAAGUGGAUUGAAAAUAUGAAAGCAGCUGGUGCAACUCAGUAUACAUUCCAUUUUGAAUCAACUGACAAUGUUACAAAUUGUAUUCAUAAAAUACGUGAAGCAGAUAUGAAAGUUGGUCUUGGCAUUAAGCCAAAAACACCAGUAACUGAAGUUUUACCUUAUGUUGACCUAGUCGAUAUGAUUUUAGUAAUGACUGUUGAACCAGGUUUCGGUGGACAAAAAUUUAUGACAGAUAUGCUACCAAAGGUCAUGUAUCUUCGUGAAAGAUAUGCAAAUUUAGAUAUUGAAGUUGAUGGUGGAGUUAAUUUAAAAAAUAUUCGAGACUGUUAUCAAGCUGGCGCAAAUAUGAUUGUCUCUGGAACUGAAAUAACAAGCAGCGAAAAUCCUGCCACUGUAAUCCAAAUGAUGCGAUCUAACGUUGGCCAGCUGCUGUCGAAUUAAUUCAACAAUAUUGCGUAAAGUGGCUUAUCAACCUUCCCUGCUAUCACCACCAUGGCCUUCGUCUUAUUUUUAUUCUCUCUCGAAUCAGUGAUUGAAUUUUGUUUUAUAUUAUAUACCUUUUAUUUAGCAAAUAUAAUAUAUAUAUCUCGGGGAGGAAAA